UCACAGAGACGAAGCGGAUUUCAAUUAAGCACCGGAUAACAGAGAGCAACUCUGCAUCCUCCUCCAGGGAGGAGGAGGGGGGGGCAACAGUUUCCAGUCUUCGAGCGCCCUGGGUGAGGAGGGGGGAGGAGAAUGAGCUAUUCCUGUACCAGCAGAACCAGCCAGGACCCGUCGAGCGCUAAGCCGCCCGCCGGCACUGAUCCAGCCAGACGCGGCGCAGGAACCGACGGCGGCACGGACGGCUCCGGCAGCAGCAGCAGCAGCAGCAGCAGCAGCAGCAGCCAAACGGCGGAGAUGAGGGUGAAAAAGGGCUGCAACUCCACCGACGUGGGGGUCCCGGUGACCACGGAGGAAGACCUGCUGUCCAGCCCGGGCAUCACCCCGGAGGACGUGCUGGGCUUGCAGAAGAUCACCGAGAAUUACCUGUGCGGCCCGGAUGAGAACAUUUACACCAUCGACUUCACCAGGUUCAAGAUCAGAGACAUGGAGACGGGCACGGUGCUGUUUGAAAUCACCAAACCUCCGUCCACAGCAGGUGAGAAGAGGGACAUGGACCCAAACGCUGGCCGGUUUGUCCGUUACCAGUUCACUCCUGCUUUCCUUCGACUGCGACAAGUUGGAGCCACUGUGGAGUUCACGGUCGGAGACAAGCCCAUAGAAAACUUCAGGAUGAUCGAGAGGCAUUACUUUCGAGAGAAUUUGCUCAAGAGUUUCGACUUUGAGUUUGGUUUUUGCAUGCCGAGCAGCAAGAACACCUGUGAACACAUCUAUGAGUUCCCCCCUCUGUCUGAGGACAUAAUCAGGGAAAUGGUCGUGCACCCUUACGAGACCCAGUCCGACAGCUUCUACUUUGUGGACAAUAAGCUGGUGAUGCACAACAAGGCAGACUACUCGUACAACGGCGGGACGUAGAAAAACAGCGCAGCAACGGGAGAGACAGUUGGAUUUAUGGGCAGGUCCGAGGGACGACCAGAGAAACAUGGCGGGGUUUACAUCCUGUCAGUCCAGCAGUGUGUCCCCCCUUCUUUCUCUCUUUCUCAUGUCUUUUUCCCUCACUGAGAAAGUGCAUCCAAGAACUGAUGUAUCUGCUAAAAUCUGUGUGUGUGUGUGUCUGUGUGUGUGUGUGUAAUACACAGAAGCCGCUUACACACACACACACAUACACACACUCACACAUGCACCCAGUGGCAUGGCUGUAACAAGUGUGUCUGCAACAUGAUAAACCAGCAGGUGAGCUAUUUUUUAGGAAAUGUUUUUUGCUCUCGAGCCACAUCAUGAAGAGAAAAAAAAAAGAUAAUUUCUUCACAUACUAGUGGAAAAUAUUUUUUCAUCCCUUUAGAGCUUGUAAGAGGUUAUAGGAACAAAUCCUAUAUAUGUGUAUAUGUAUCUAUAUACGAUUUGUUCCUUUUUGUUAUACUUCUUUAUAUGAGACAGCUUAUGUCUUUAGGAUUCAGUAAAAGCUUUACAGAAGUGAUUCCUCUGACUAGACGAGUUGGUUUGGUGAGUGUGUGUGUUUCUUGUGUUUUUGUAUGGUUGUCUGUGUCUGGUAGAACUGGUCUGGUAGAAAUAAAUAUUUAAAGUAGAAAAAAGAAGGACAUUUUCUUUAGUUUGUCAGUAAUGAUUUAAACGGGUUGGCUUGGUGUGACCCGUGACAACAUUAGGGCAUAUCUGUUCAGCGCAUUUGCUCCAAUCAGAAUGUCUUUACAACCAUGAGGAAACCUAUAAAGGUAGCUGAUCUGACAUAACCACACAUGUACUUUGUCAUCUUUGCUCCAGCUGUACUUUUCCAGCCUCGUGUUACUGUUGUUGAGGUGAUAAAGAAAUGCCAAGAAAACUUUGUGAACCUACACCUUUUGUGUCUAAGUACAGAAUGCUUAAAGGAAUCUCUUUGUAAGAAAAGAAUAAGGAAAACUUGAAUUUGAAAAGGGUUUUUUUCAGACAGAAUGAUGUUUCAAAAAAGAAGAAGGAUGGGGAAUGUAGCACAACACAUCACCUUUAAAUUCCGUGUUAUAUGUGGGUUUUUUUUGUUUGUUGAAUCAUUCAUUUCUGUCUUGGGAUUUUAGUGUUGUACGUCACCAGAUUUCUGCCUCUCAUAUGUUUCUGUGUUUUUAGUUGGACACAUUUCAGUGGUUUUGGCCUGAGUAUGCCGACUUGCUGCCGCUUGACGUUGUUUUUCGACUGAAUUGUCUCCAUAUGCCUCAAAACUGUAAUGUGCACAUUAUGCUGAGAGACAACCCGACUCAGAAGUAUCCAGUUCUUCAUCUUUAAAUUGUUUCGGUCGUAUUUGCUCAUACUCUCUGAUUUACCAUGAUGACAAUUCCUUUUAGUUUGUGUGUUUGAUGACUUUAUAUCACAUCAAAAUCAUUUCAAAGGGUUUAAAUAUAAUUUAUUUAUAAAUGAUAUAGUUGAAGUUACUAUAAGAGCUUAUUAGAUCCCACUUGCUGUGUGCAGAUCAACAAAAGACACUGAUUCAGAUUUCAAUUUGCUCUCAUGUGAUUCAGAAGUUUCAUAUAUAUAUAUAUUUACUGUACAUAUAUAUGAUAAAUGAUCAAAUAGUUGCAAAAAGUACUGUAUUUAAUCAAAGAUUAAACCAAUUAACUUGAAUGUUUUGUCAAAAAUUGUCAUGUACAUAUAUGUAGGAGAGAUUUAUAAAGGACUGAUUGUGAACCAUGUAUUUUCAACUCAUGUUAAGUUUUCCAAUGUUGGUUUGACUGAAAAAAAAAAGUAAAGUAAAGAUCUAUUGGACUUUU